AUGGCUGAUAGAUAUUCAUUCUCAUUGACUACAUUCUCACCUAGUGGUAAAUUAGUACAAAUUGAAUACGCCCUCAAUGCAGUCAAACAAGGUGUAACUACAAUUGGAAUCAAAUGUGAUAAUGGUGUUGUUUUGGCCACGGAACGUAAAUCGAACUCGAUACUCAAUAAAUCAGAUGUCAACAAUAAAGUUGAAUAUAUAACUCCAAACAUUGGUAUGACCUAUAGUGGAAUGGGACCAGAUUUUCGAGUAUUGGUUGACAAAGCUCGUAAAUUGGCUCAAACCAACUACAAAUUAAUCUAUAAUGAGUAUCCACCAGUACGUAUCAUGGUUCAAGAAAUUGCUAAAGUCAUGCAAGAAAGUACACAAUCAGGAGGUAUAAGACCAUUUGGUGUAUCACUAUUAGUUGGUGGAUAUGAUGAGUUUUCGGAGAAAUUUCAAUUGUAUCAAGUUGACCCUAGUGGUUCGUAUUUUCCAUGGAAGGCAACUGCCAUAGGGAAGACGGCAAAUAGCGCCAAAACUUUCCUCGAAAAGAGAUGGAAUGAGAAUUUGCAAUUGGAGGAUGCUGUUCAUGUGUCACUCUUAGCAUUGAAGGAAAGUGUUGACGGAGAGUUGAUUGGUGACAAUUUAGAUAUUGCUGUUAUUAGUGAUCCACAAGAACAAUUAUUGGGUUUUACUGGUACUAAUGUGGAAGGUCCGAGGUUUAAAAAGUUGAGUGCCGAUGAGAUUAAUGAUAUUUUAGAUUCAUUGUAA